AUUGCUUGGCACCACUGCGCUAAGAUGGCCGACAGUUCGAUGUAGGAGGAGUUGUCAUUGUUGCAAAGAACCCGCAAUUUUUUAUACAAAUGUAUCAUUUAUAGUUUUACUUAGUUUGUAAUUAAUUUAUUAAUUUGUGCUGUGAGUGAUUAAAGUGCUUUACGAUGUCGGGCGAUCGGGAAAUUCCAGCUGAAGACAGUAUUAAAGUCGUGUGUAGGUUUCGACCCCUCAAUGAUUCAGAGGAGAAGGCUGGGUCGAAAUUCAUCGUGAAAUUCCCUUCAGGAGGCGAAGAUAAUUGUAUUUCGAUAGCGGGUAAAGUCUACUUAUUCGACAAGGUAUUCAAACCGAAUGCAACUCAAGAAAAAGUGUACAAUGAGGCGGCCAAGAGCAUCGUGUCCGAUGUUUUGGCCGGUUAUAACGGCACAAUCUUCGCCUAUGGACAAACCUCGUCGGGUAAAACCCACACGAUGGAAGGCGUAAUAGGUGAUCCACAAAAACAGGGUAUAAUACCCCGCAUAGUCAACGAUAUCUUCAAUCAUAUUUACGCAAUGGAAGAGAAUCUUGAGUUUCACAUCAAGGUUUCGUAUUUUGAAAUCUACAUGGACAAAAUUAGGGAUUUAUUGGACGUUUCCAAAGUGAAUUUAUCGGUCCACGAGGACAAAAACCGAGUUCCUUACGUGAAAGGUGCCACCGAACGGUUCGUCUCAAGUCCUGAGGAGGUUUUCGAAUCGAUUGAAGAAGGCAAAUCCAACCGACACAUCGCUGUGACAAACAUGAACGAGCACUCGUCUCGAUCACACUCAGUAUUUUUGAUAAACGUCAAGCAAGAGAAUCUAGAAAAUCAGAAAAAACUUUCGGGGAAAUUGUAUUUGGUCGAUUUGGCUGGUUCGGAAAAAGUCUCCAAAACCGGGGCUGAAGGAACAGUGCUAGACGAAGCCAAAAACAUUAACAAGUCACUUUCGGCCCUUGGUAACGUGAUCAGUGCUUUAGCCGACGGAAACAAAACACACAUACCUUACCGUGACUCUAAACUAACAAGAAUCCUGCAAGAAUCCUUGGGCGGAAACGCCCGAACAACAAUUGUGAUUUGUUGUUCUCCAGCGAGUUUCAACGAAUCCGAGACGAAAUCGACGCUCGAUUUCGGCAAACGAGCCAAAACUGUUAAAAACGUCGUCUGUGUCAAUGAGGAACUCACGGCCGAAGAAUGGAAACGUCGCUACGAAAAAGAAAAGGAAAAAGUGGCGCGUCUUAAAGGCAAAGUUGAGAAACUUGAGAGCGAGUUGCAACGUUGGAGGGCUGGAGAAACGGUCAAAGCCGAGGAACAAGUCAACUUGAACGAACUAACCGAAGCUGUGACUCCUGUCUCUGGAAUGGAGGAAAGCACAGUGGAGAAACAGGGACCUGUCCCGGCAACCCCAGCCCUCAUGAUCGGCUCAACCCUCGAUGUGGAAGAACGCAGGAAACUGGAGCUGGAACGCGAGCGACUCUACCAACAACUGGACGAAAAAGACGAAGAGAUCAACGAGCAAAGCCAAUACGUUGAGAAACUCAAGGAGCAGAUGUUGGAACAGGACGAGUUGAUUGCAAGCACGCGACGCGACUACGAAGCGCUCCAAGCGGAAAUGAACCGAAUCCAGCAGGAGAAUGAGAGUGCCAAGGAGGAGGUCAAGGAAGUCCUGCAAGCGCUUGAAGAACUGGCCGUUAACUACGACCAAAAGUCGCAAGAAGUGGACGCCAAGAACAAGGAGAUGGAAACCCUGUCCGAGGAGCUGAUGCAGAAGCAAGCCAGCUUGAAUACCACGACCACCGAAUUGCAGCAAUUGCGGGACAUGUCGAGUCAUCAAAAGAAGCGAAUCGCCGAGAUGUUGAGCAAUUUGCUGAAGGAGUUGGGCGAGAUUGGGUCGACUUUGGGGAGUGACGGGUCCGAGAUUAAGAUCUCCAAUGAUGCGGCUAAGCUGGAGGAGGAGUUUACGGUUGCACGUUUGUAUAUUUCGCGGAUGAAGAGUGAAGUUACGAAUUUGACGCAGCGAUUGCACGAAAUUGAAAACAAGGAACAGGAUAGUAACAAGAAGGUCACGGAGUAUGAGAAGGAGUUGGGGGAGUGUAGGUUGUUGAUUUCGCAACACGAGGCCAGGAUGAAGAGUCUACAAGAGUCGAUGCGCGAAGCUGAGAACAAGAAGCGGAUGCUGGAGGAGAGUGUUGAUGCCUUGAGGGAGGAGUGUGCGAAGUUGAAGGCCGCUGAACAAGUUUCGAGCGCCAGCGAGAGCGAGAAGAAGGAAGCGAACGAGCUGCGAUUGGCUCUCGAGCAGCAAAUGGACCAAUUACGUGUCGCUCAUCAGAAGCAAGUGGCGGCGUUACGCGACGAAAUCGCCGAAAAGCAGCAAUUGAUCAACGAUAUCAAAGAUUCGAACCAGAAGUUGUCGCUCGCCCAGCAACAGUUGCAGUCUGAAUACGAGAAAGUCAAGUCGGAAGAAGCCGAAAAGUCGCAGAAAUUGCAGGAGCUCAUUACCACGAACGAACGACGCGAACAAGCACGGAAAGACCUCCGAGGAUUGGAAGACACCGUCGCCAAGGAGUUGCAAACCCUUCACAAUCUCCGAAAAUUAUUCGUCCAGGACUUACAGGCACGGAUGAAGAAAAAUCUCUCGGCUGAAGAUAACGAAGAAGACGGCGGUUCGUUGGCCCAGAAACAGAAAAUCUCGUUUUUGGAGAAUAAUUUGGACCAGUUGACCAAAGUGCAUAAGCAACUUGUGAGAGAUAAUGCCGAUUUGAGGUGCGAGUUGCCCAAGCUGGAGAAGAGGCUAAGGGCGACCAUGGAGAGGGUGAAGGCGCUGGAGACGGCGCUCAAGGAGGCCAAGGAGGGCGCCAUGAGGGAUCGCAAAAGAUAUCAAUACGAGGUGGACCGGAUCAAGGAAGCCGUCCGCCAAAAGAACCUCGCUCGUCGCGGCCCUGCUGCAACAAUUGCCAAGCCUAUCAGGUCUGGCCAACAUCAUGUUGUUGUUGGUGGCGGCGCUGCGAUCCGUACUGGGUCUAACAUGGGCCAGAAAAACAUGGAAAUUGCGCGAAAACGCGAAUCACUUAUCAUAAACGAGAAAGACGCAUAAACGGUGCUCUGAUCACUGGGAUACCAAAAAUAUUGCUGACUACUCGUACUACGUAAGCCGUGGAACAACACACGACUUACAUUUUUGUGCUUACUUGCUUAGUUAUCCUAGAAUUAAGGUGCACUUAUUGAGACGACAAAUUGUUUCUUAGGUCGGUUUUUAGUGCAAUUGCUAAGAAAUAAUUUGUGGGUUUUCCUGUCGCAUGUCGCGCGCUAUUAUAAUCAUGGUGGUGUAAUAACGAUUCAAAUUUUCCAGGCUUAAAUCGUGUUUUGUAAUAUAAAAGUGGCAUUAUUUUAGGAUUUUAGUUGUCUCUCCUCUUGAUCAAAUGGUCUAACUAGCACGUUUAGGUAAUUAAGUAGCACAUUUUACACAACUGGAUUAUUUGUAUAGCCUGAUUGAUGUAUUUUGUAUAAAUUUGUUUACGAUUGAUUGAUUGCUUGUAGUGGUCUAAGUAUAUAUUUUUUUAAAACGAUUUUAUUUUGUUGUUUUUCUCAAUGGUGCAGGUCGGACGGUUGGCUUGACGGGCGCAAGUGCUAAUCGCUCCGAUGCAAUCUAAUUUCAUUGUGAUAAGUAGCAAAGUUUUGUUCUUCCGUCAAAGACCCGAUUGGUGCACAAUUGCAUUUCUAAUUUAUUUGUUUUUGUUGACUGUAGAUAAUUGUUUAGUAACAGUCUUUGGUACAGCUGUCGUAGUUGUGUAACGAAACUGAUAGUGGAUGCUUGAGUCAAUAAUGCAAUUUAUUUAUUUAAAUGAUGGAAAUUAUAUUCUAAUAAACUAAUACAAAUUU